AUGGCUUCCACAUCGUAUACAUUCACAGAAUCGGACGAAGAGCCUGAUGAACCUUUUCAAGAUUCAGGUUCUGAAUAUCUUCCAAGCGAGUCUGAGUCUAUCUCGGAGCUAAACAUGUCCCAUGAGUUUGACGCUGAGCCCCAAAACACUGAAAAUGAUGCAGAGCAGCAGAAGCGCUCUCGUAAGCGCGUAAGAAAUGAAAACAAGUGGAAACGCAAUGUGACAAAAACUAAAAGGAAUCUUGGAGAAGCAUACAUAAGGGUACUUAAAGUCUCAGAUGGCAGAAUAACCAGAGUUUUGGUCAACAAAUCAAAAGCCAUGCCUGCUCCGACAGAUGGUAGGGGAAAACAGCCUUCUGCUAACAAAACGCCGGAUCAUAAAGUUGAUAAAGUUAAAGAAUUCAUUGAAAGGUUUCCAAGCUAUCAGUCACACUAUUCCAGGAAAAAAAAUCCACAUCGGAGAUACCUAGCCCCAGAUUUGAAUUUGAGUAUAAUGUAUGACCUCUAUAAGAAACAACUAAGUUUAAAAGACGAACAACCUGUAUCAAAAUACAUAUUUUCUGAAAUAUUUUCAAAACAAUUCAAUCUUCACUUUCAUGCACCUGUUUCUGAUUCUUGUAAAAAAUGUGACUUAUUGCAAAAUAAAUUAAAAUUUGAAAUGGACGUCGAAAAAAGACAAAGUUUAACAACUGAAAUGGAAUUACAUCAAAGAAAAGCUCAGAGUGCCCGAGAGGGAAUGAAAUCUGAUGCUGUUGUGGCGAAAAAUAAUUCAGAGGUAACUGCAAUUGCUUUUGAUCUAAUGAAAACUCUUCCGACGCCAGUAAUCUCCACCGGAAUUAGUUAUUAUAAAAGGCAACUCUGGACUUAUUGUUUGGGCAUACAUAACUUGGCUACCAAAGAGUCAUUCAUGUACAUCUGGAAUGAAUCCAUUGCAUCUAGAGGUCCCCAGGAAAUUGGUUCGUGUUUGCUGCAUUUUAUUAAGAAUCAAGUUAAAACAAAAAAAUUAUUGAUGUACUCGGACCAAUGCGGUGGCCAAAAUAGAAACAUCAAAAUGGCACUACUAUGCAAUUAUAUUGUUUCCUCUCAUGAUCUCAUUGUUGAAGAAAUUAACCACAAAUUUUUAGUCAGUGGACACUCAUACCUACCGUGUGACCAGGAUUUCGGACUAAUUGAAAAACAAAAGAAAUAUUUCAAAGACAUCUAUGUGCCAGAUAGCUGGGAAACCGUUGUUAAGGCAGCAAGAAAAAAGGUUCCUUUUAAAGUUGUUCAGAUGACAGUCACAGAUUUUUACUCUACUGUUAAUUUAGAGAAGAAUAUAACGAAUCGAAAAAUUUCCGAAAAUAAAUUAAAAGUAGAAUGGAUGAAAAUCCAGUGGCUGCUCUUUAAAAAGUCGGAUCCGCUUAAAAUCUAUUUUAAAUACUCAAAUCAAGAUUUUGCUCCAUUUGAUUCAGUUGACGUGUCUAAAAGGAACUCUUCUAACAGUUUUAAAGAGCUGAAUCUGUUAUAUCCAAAAGGACGUAAAGUUGAUAUCAAAAAGAAAAAGGACCUAUUGGAUCUUGCUCAAAACGAAGAAGCUGUUGACCAGCAAGACCUGGGGCAGAUCACACCGCCACCGCCGGCGCCGUCACCGUCCCCCCAGCCACCAAAAUCCAAGGCAAAAAGAUUCAAGUCAUCAACGCAGAUGCCACCCGAAGCAAUAGAGGGUCACUUAAUGCACGCCGUAAAUGUCAUGCAACAAAUAACAAGUAAUAAACCGGGUCGAGAUAAUUGUUCUCUAUAUGGCGAACUUCUUGCUACAAGGCUGGAUGGAUGA